UAACGAUGGAACAACUUUAUAAGAGACCUUAUUUCCGCGCGAUAAACCACUUUUCUAGCCGAGUGGGGUGGAAAUAAGUGCUAUCGCCGACAAUCGUUUCAGCAUGAAGAAUCUCCUUCGCAUCCUCGUUUUCCUUAUCGGUGUGAUACAUAUCACCAUCGCCUCACCUUUGGACUUAUCAACACCCAUUGAGUCCAUAAGAGAAUCAACAACAGAAAUUCCAAAUUUGAUGGCUCAACCACCAGUGGAAAUCGAGACUCCAGCAAGCAAAUCAAACUCGUCAGAGACAACCCUACCACCUAAACCAUCGCCAACAGUAACGACAGAAUCAACUGAACAAACCACACGAGAACUAUCUACAGCACCGACACCAGAACCGACUGAAAAGUCAACUGAAGGACCAGAACCAGAAACAACACCACAGCCAACAGCAGAACCGACGGAAGGAUUAACUGCAGAAGUAACAGCAGAACCAACGGCAGAACCAACUCCGGAAUCUACUGAAGAACCAACUGAGAGGUCAACAGAAGAACCGAUAACAAAAGCAACAACAAAACCAACUGAAGUACAGACGACAGAACCAACUCAGAAAUCUACUGAAAAAGAAACAGUAGAACCAACGGAAGGGUCUACUGAAGAAGCAACAGAGAAAACAACUCAGCAAUCAACUGGAGAACCAACGGCAGCACCAACUCAGGAAUCAACUGAGGAACAAACAGUAGAACCGACGGAAGAGUCAACUGAAGAAGCAACUGAAGAACCAACUGAAGAACCAAUACCGGAACCAACACCUCCGGAAGAAUUUUGUAUUGGCGAGUGUCCAGAAGAAGAUCCACCUUUGGGUGUCUAUCUUCGCCACGAAAACUGCAAUCUGUUCUGUCAAUGUAGUCAUGGCGAGGCUAACGUCAUCCCCUGUCCUCAUGGAUUGCAGUUCAAUGCAAAAUACAAGGUCUGCGAUUGGCCAGAGUCUGCUAACUGUACUGGUAAUGGUGGCAUUGAAGUUCCUCAGGUACUACUUGUAGUUUAACCAAAUAAAAUUAAAGAGCAUAUUGAAACAUAUGAAAUUAGGCAGAAGAUAUUUGUAUUUAAUUUUGUUUUUAAUGGUCAUUAAGAAGACAAAAAUGAAUUAGAAGUAAAAAUGUUUAUUAUUUUUUAUUUACACCACCAUAAAAUAUGCAAAUAUGACUGUUCGUAUCAGAAAUUUUAUAUUGUAGUUGUACUUGAAUCCUUUUCAUACUUGCCUUAUAUAAUAUGUGAAAAAUUAAUAAAGCAAAAACGACAAAAAUGUAACUAUUGAAUAAACAUAAAAAUGCAAGCUUUACACUUGUAUAGUGAUUCAUUAAUAUUACAUCGAUGAAUGUGAAUGUUAAAAAAUUUAAAAAAUACAAGGCGAUUCAAAAAUCC